CAGUGAUAUGUGUCACAUCCUCACAUCUCCUCUGAUGGGAGUUCAAUUUGUGCUUUGUGCAUUUGUAUAGUAUUUGUUUUCCUAUUUUAAUUGAUUUGGGAUAUGUCCGUAGAGAAAGCAUAGGAUAUUCGAUAAACUUGUGUCGUAUAAAGUGUGUGACAAUGCGUUUUCCCUUAGCACCUGGAUAAUAUUCAAACUGAUCAUGAAUGGAAUGUCUUCAGAGGAUGGGUCACUCGUUGACCGUCGACCUAUCAUAACAUGUUCUGGAGAAAUAGAUGUAUUUUCUACAAUAGAGAACAAUCUCUCAGAAGCUUUACCACAAGAGGCCUGUGAAUGGAGGAGAUCUUUAGGAAGACCCAUAAGGUCUGUGCAUAUUGGAGCCACAUUUGCCCCUUACAGCGCCGCGGGGCUACCGAAAGGGAAUCAGUGGGACCUGAUAAGACAACCUUUAUUCCAUAUUUACUGGACAGAGUGUUCGGAUGUGGAUGUAUAUAAAUCAUCUGUAAAAGAAGACAUAGAAACAUGGUUAAAGGAACUGAGCUCAAGGGAAAUACCAGAUUGGUUAAUAGUUGUUGUAGAAAAUUUUGAUGGAAAAAGGGCAAAUAAGUUAUUACCAAGAACAACAGUUUUAGACAAAAUUAGAGCAGAUUUUGCACCAAAACAAGGUGAUAGAUGUAUUUCUGUGAUAAACCCUGGUAAGUCUGAAUCUCGAUCAGCUGAUUCAUGGAGGGGUCUAGUUUCUCGAAUUCGUCAUCUAUUAUUAGUUGCAUAUGCUAGAGCAGUUUCUAGAUUAGAAGACCAUGUUAGACAACAAAGGGAGAGAAGAAAUGACCCUGGGUGGGAUUUCAUGAGGUAUUUUCACCUUCAGGAAGAGUUGGCUCAAGUCCUGGAAAUGUUAGGUCUGUAUGAUGAGGCCUUAGUACAGUAUGACGAACUAGAUGUCCUGUUUUCUCAAUUUGUCGCAAAUGGAGUUUCCAGCAACUCUGCUGCCUGGUUAAGCAAUUUCCAAAAGCCUCUAGACAGGUGGCAUGGCUUAAAGCUGGGCCAGUCUCACUUGGCAAAAAGUCCUUCUAUUUUGGAAUUGAGGGCAUAUUUGUUUGCCAAACAAGCUCAUAUGUUGUUGCUGCUAAAUAAGGUCUGGGAAAUGGCAUCUCGUUGCCUACCAUUCCUUCACACAUGCACCAGAGAAAUGUCAAUCCUUGAAGUGUCAUCUCCAGAAGGUGCUUUGGCUUGCUGGCUUUUUCUUGCUGCUAUGGAAGUAUUGCAGACUUGUGACAAGUUUAAUCAUGCUGAUGAGGCUGAGGAUUUUUCAUUCCAUACUGCUGGUCUUUGGGAGUAUGCUAGUCAAAAGCUCCGAUGCUUGGGUGAAUUAUGUGGUCUGCUACCGGGAGGUACACCAACUUCAGAACAGUUACACAUAGUUGUACUGUUAUCAUCUGGAAUGGGUGAUAAUCCUGGACCACCAAAUCAUCCUUCUCCUACUGAUAAAUUAAAGGAAGCACUGUGCUCACAGGAUGUCUUCAACAAGACGUAUUUGGAGCUGACAGAACUGUCAAUGUGCACUUACAAACACACUGGUCGACUGCGGAGCGCCCGUUUAGUCGGACGGCAAGCGUCAUCCUUCUAUCUUCUGUUAGGCGAGACUCAAAAAGCAGCUGCGUUUCUGGGUGAUGCUCUGCGCAACUUCGAAGCUGACGGAUGGCGGGAAUUGGUCGCGCAGGCGCAUAUCGAGCUUGCCGAGUGCUACAGAAGGGCGGGCGAUCCUGCCAAGUUGGUGGUGGAGGCGGCCAGAGUAGCGGGAGCGUCAGAGGUUGAUACAUUAGAGAGGUGGAGUUACUUUGAAGAAAUGAGAAAAUGUAUAGAAUCAUUACAAGAGCCAGUUGUCAUACCAUUCGGAGAUAUUAUCAAAAUAAUGAAUGUUUCUGUAAAAAAUGACGGACCCAUCAUGCAGGACACUAUUAUUGAGGUGGAAUUAGUGAUAGACUCAAAUUUCCCUAGGGAAUUUGUCUGUUCAAACCUUAUGAUGUCACUAGAGCCUGAACCUACAACAGAAAAAGAAAAAGUGUCUGAAAAAUAUUGCUUAGGGCGGACAUUGACAAGCAAAGACAUGAAGACGCAGGAUCCCCGGUUGCAACGGUUGAAAAUGAAGAAAAUUUUGGAUUACAAGCAAGACAAACAGUUGGCGAUGGCAGGGGUUUCUUCGAAAUUUACUGUGCUCAAGAGGAAAGACAGUGUUCCGCCACAGAUUCAUAGGGAUUUUAGUAAUUGUUUAGAAGUUAAUAAAUUGCCUUUAGUGAUAACUCCAGGAUUAAACACGAUAAGACUGAAAAAGAAAGCGGACAGCAUAGGAAAGUAUUUCAUAGGCCAGGUGGCUGUACACAUAAAAAAACUGCACCUGAUAUCGUUGCCAUUGAGCCCCAGAUUAUUGGUAGAGAUCAAAGAGGAGGGACCGACGCUCAAAUUAUAUAAAACAGCUGCCCCAUUGCUCUCGGGCAUUGAACAAACUAUGAAUUUGAUAUUGACCAUUGGAAGUUACUCAGUUGAAUCAAGGUCCAUAAUAAAACUGACAACCUCACCUGGACUUGCGGUUCAAGUAGAACGUGAUAACCCAUUGGUCAAUAGUUUAGAAAUCGAAGUAGGACCAAAUUUUCCGUUCAGUAGCAUAAGAAGGCACUUAAGGAUCAUGGCUGAUAUGCUCUCGAAAGAUCAUCAGGUAACGAUACAUUGUCCAUGGUCGGCGAAACCAAUAGUAGUUAACCUGACAUUUACGCCACCGCUAGCCGCAACGUGGAAGUUGCAAACAGUAGAGUUGAGAAAGUUUGUUCAAGUUACAGUUGUAGGCCAGUGUGAGAAAGACUUAAUAGCGGAAGACGCUGUGCUCAGUGUAGCAGGAGAGACAUGUGAUAUUGUUGCAAGGAACUGUGAAUCUAGUCAAAUUAUUCCUAAUGGUUUAAGUUACUCCUACAUGUGGGAGAUAGUAUUUAAGAGACAGUUAGGCGCUGAUCUGCCUACGUUGAAAGUAGAAUUUUCCGUCAAGUACAAGUUAGAUGAUAAAGACGACGACAAUAAACUGUUUCGAUAUUUUUUUGAUAUCAAUGAUUACCAGACUUUAUAUAUACUGGAUACCAACGUAACUCCUUUGAAAGGAAAUGAAUUUUGUCGGGCUGGCGCAGUGUGUCACUUACACCUUACAAUUUCACCAGCUGCUGAACACCUCCCUGUUACACAGUCCGUAAUGUAUGAAGUUCUAGCAGAAAACGGUGUUUGGGCAGUUUGUGGCCGUACUGCAGGUGUCGUAACUUUCGGUGAUGGUGCUGAGGAAAGAGCAGGGGAAGUUACUUUAGACGUCAUGCCCUUGUGCGGGGGAUAUUUGCCAACACCAUUGGUCCGGGUGUCUAGGUAUAUCCAUGGAGAAGCAGGAACGACAGGUAAGAAUACAGGGUGUCAUAGAGGAUGUGGCCUGUCUGUGGAAUGAGGGGUUAACUUGGAAAGCUAGAAUUGGAUAACGCUAGUCAAUAGACGUCAAAACGUGAUGAAGUCCAGGAUCUCAAUUCUUGACAUG